GCUUCAAUCAGCAUGAUAGUGCAAGAUGCGAAUAUUGAUUAGAUAAAAGACUCUAUUGAUCAAUUCCGAUUUGUGCGUUUAGUUCUCACGACGAUUAGGAGUCUCAAUGCGACCAGGAACAGUGUUUGUAGUUUUGCGCUGGGCUUUGUGAGUCUUUAAUAACAAAUCACUAAGGCAUGGAGACUAAAAAUCAGCAAGGAGGACCCGCGGCAUUUAUAAGGGAAACGUUGAUUUCGUUGAUCCCGUUCCUCAAAUGCACUAUUUGGUACUUCAUAAUUUGGAACCAAACACCAGGCUUGUGGAAUGCCGUGCUCAAAGUACUACCUGUCUUCAGUCUGCUUUUAUUCAUCUAUUUGCGAGGGAAGAAAGAACACAAGUGGACAAGAUGGAUUGUCCUUGGUCUAUUGGUGUCCACUGUAGGUGAUGUCUUCAUGGUGUGGAGGAGCCAACUGGUCAACGGGAUGGCAGCGUUUGCUCUUGCUCAAAUUUGCUACAUCAAAGCUUUUGGCUUCACACCUCUGAAGCCAGCAAUCGGUGUUAUAUUGUACCUCGGAUCAUUUGGAGCAUUGGCACUGUUGAUUCCCGGCUUGAGACACGACACGUUUCUCCUCGUGGGAUUGCCGUUCUACAGCGUGUUGCUUUCCACUAUGGCCUGGAGGGCGAAUGCUCGAUUCUUUGCCAAAGAAAGAACUUGCAAAUGGAUCAGAUUGAGCGCAGCCAUUGGAUCACUAUCUUUCCUCAUCUCGGAUAUGAUAAUUGGAUUUGACAGAUUUUACUCCCCCAUUCCGGACGCGCAAGUUUACAUUAUGUCAACAUAUUACGUUGCUCAACUAGGAAUUGCACUGAGUGCUGCUGAACCUUUGCCAUCGCAAAAAAGGAAAAAUAAUUAAACUGCUCCUGUUUGUUUGAAAUGGCGAACCAUAUUUUUAUUUGUGUGCCAAUUUGAAUUCAGUUAUCGCAAAUAUAUUAGCUGAGAAGCGUA